AUGCCAAAAUCCCUGUAUGAUUUGGUUCUACUCUUUACCGCAACAAAAGCAGCUUUCAGCAUUCCAGCUAUUUUUCUAAAUUGUUCCCUAAUCUACGUCACUAUAAAAUCUAAAUGUCUUCGUAAAGGGUUAUGUAACUGGCUUUUGGCUAUUUAUGAUGGCUGUUUGGUAGUUUAUCUGGCAACAUUCCCUUUAGCGUUAUUCCAACAUUUACUGACCAAAAGUGAUUCGAUGCCUUUUUGGAAAUGUUUUCUGCUUCAAUCAGUUCCCCUCACACUUUUUGCAGCUUCUUUCCCAUUUAUGUUAGCAAUCGCUCUUGACAGAUUUAUUGGAGCUGUGUUUCCAUUAAAGUGA